UGUUGUUUCUUGGGGUACUUAUUUUGCAUGCCGGAACAACCCUGUAGAACAGCAAAGUUAGGUGGUGGUCAAUGUGGUGACAUUUCUAGUCGCACAUUACUAAUAUUACUUUUAUAAUAAGAGUAUUUCUGGGUGAAUAAUGUAACAUGUUUAACGUGUUUGUGUAGCGACACUUGGAUAAAUGUACAUGGAGGUUACAUGGCGCUCGCGUGUCAUUGACAGCCGGAAGUAGGCUAAGUAGCUUUAGCAUAUAUAUGACGUCAUGAAAUGAUGGCGCUCAGCUAACAAGAAUAGGAGAAACAUUGCAGAAACUUCCACAAAGUUAUUCCGUGAUGUUUCAUCUUUUCAAGGGGCUGCCGUCGUGUUUCCCUCCGGCACGUCUGACACUACUAUGGUUCUCACCAGCUGGGCGGAGGGCGCACGUUGUGUCCGGUCACGUCCGCUGUCGACGAGCUCUUCACCGGCUUCACCCCGGAACUACUCUCGCUCCACAAACCACCGCGGGCACGUUCCAGUUCGAACCCCGGUACCUGUUGCAUAGACCUCCAUGGAGGAGCCAGGUCCAUACCUCACCGCCCUUAGGGGCAUUGCCUACCCCACUUCUAUGGAUGGUGCUCAAACCUGUACAGAAGCUCAUGGCCAUGAUACUGGGCAGAAGUUUAAGGAAGUGGUGGGUGGCGCUCCCUGACAACCGCCGCAAUCUUUUCCGCCAGUGGGCUUGGCAGCGGCGAUGGCGGCUGUCGGCGGCAGCGGGCGUAGCGGCGGCGAUUGUGGCCCUCCUCCUCCUGACCCACCUGGACGAGUCGCCGGUGACGGGACGCACUCGCCUCCUUGUGUUCACCAGGGAGAACUACAUGGAGUUGGCGGCCAUCACCUCCACAGCAUACAUGGAGGAGUUUGCUGAGCUCAUGCUUCCUGAGAGCGACGCCCGUCACCAGGUCGUGCAGCAGGUGGUCCAGCACCUGGCUCAGCGGAACAGCGAUCUGGCGGAAAUGUCAGACGUCACCUGGAGCGUCCACGUGGUGCAAAGUCCCAACAUCAAUGCCUUCGUCCUUCCGAAUGGAAAAGUGUUCAUGUUCACCGGAAUGCUCGAAGCUGUGGCAGAUGUUCACCAGCUCACCAUCGUCUUAGGACACGAGAUGGCUCACGCCUUACUGGGACAUGCUGCAGAACAGGCCAGCCUGUCUCAUGUGGUGGACCUCCUAUCUGUGAUCCUGCUGACCGCCAUCUGGGCCGUGUGUCCUCGGGACAGCCUGGCGCUGCUGGGUCAGUGGGCGCAGGACAAACUCACACAGUUGAUGUUCAACCGUCCCUACAGCAGGAAGCUUGAGGCGGAGGCGGAUCAAGUGGGUCUGCAGUUGGCAGCCAAGGCGUGUGCAGAUGUGCGUGCGGGCCCCGUCUUCUGGCAGCAGAUGGAGAUCCGGGACCAGCUGAGCGGAGAACCCAGCCUGCCCGAGUGGCUGUCCACACAUCCGUCUCACAGGAACCGAGUGGCGCAACUGGACCUCCUUGUGCCCCAAGCUCUGGAGGUGAGGGAAACCUGCGUGUGUCCCGCCCUGCCGUCCACCGACCCUCGCGCCGUCUUCUCCAAGAGCGUCCACAGGCUGCUGGAGGACGCCAAAGCUCGAGAAAGAGCAAAUGUCACGGUGACGCCGUCGCACGGGCCCGCUGCCGGGGCGGCUGCAGCAGCUCUGCUCGCCCAAACUCAACCGGCCCCUUCAGCCCGUGAGCCGGCUUCCGCUGACUCAGUGAGUGCAGACGACUGUAUUACUGCUGCUUGAAGACUUCUUUAUGAUGGGAAAAUGUCGUUAAAGCACAGGAAUCCGUAGCCAAAUAUGCCCUGGGAAAGACUGCAUGUUCAGUUCAUAAAUUCUGUAGCACAGCAGAAAACUGUCAAAUUGAGGAUCUUUAAAGGCCUACUGAAAUGAAAUUUACUUAUUUAAACGGGGAUAGCAGGUCCAUUCUAUGUGUCAUACUUGAUCAUUUCGCGAUAUUGCCAUAUUUUUGCUGAAAGGAUUUAGUAGAGAACAUCAACGAUAAAGUUUGCAACUUUUGGUCGCUGAUAAAAAAAAGCCUUGCCUGUACCGGAAGUAGCGUGACGUCACAGGUUGUGGAGCUCCUCACAUCUGCACAUUGUUUACAAUCAUGGCCAUCAGCAGCGAGAGCGAUUCGGACCGAGAAAGCGACGAUUACCCCAUUAAUUUGAGCGAGGAUGAAAGAUUCGUGGAUGAGGAAAGUGAGAGUGAAGGAUUAGAGCAGGGGUGUCAAACUCAUUUUAGCUCAGGGGCCGCAUGGAGAACCAUCUAUUCCUACGUGGGCCGGACUGGUAAAAUCAUGGCAUAAUAACUUUAAAAUACAACUACGGCAACUUCAGAUUGUUUUCUUGGUUUUACUUUGGCCUAAAAUAGAACAAGCACAAUCUGAAAAAAGGACAUAUCACAUAUGAUCCUCUUGACAAAACAAUUCAAGUUAGUUGAAAAAUCUGCGGAAAAAAAUGGUACAGUUUCAAAAACUCCAUGAAGAACACAAUGAAUUUAGACUUAAUCUCAGUGUAUCUACAAAGCAAUUCAACUUUAAGUCACAGCCCAUGUAGGAUUGAACAAAAAACAUAAGAAAGCAUAAAUAAAAACUCCUCUAUGUAUCAACUACCUCAUUUGUCUUUCCACUGUUCACUUUCUUUGAAUUUUCACAGAAGAAACUAAUUUUCACAGAACCAUAUCAAUGUGUCUCAUGCAGCAUUUUAAGUGGGGUUACCAAUUGUUUAUUUUACUCCUGUGUGUUUUACGUUGGGUCAGGGGGGAGGAGUCCCAGCCCCGCUACUGUGUACCUCUUGCUUGGUAUACUUGCUCGCCCCAAUAUAAACAAUUUGCUUGCCUAACAGAAUUGCUAUUGCGACAUCCAGUGGACACAUUUAGAAAAACAGUUUAUUUAAUUUUAAAAUGCAGCUCAAUUUUACACUGACUCAUCUCGCGGGCCGGAUUGAACCUGUUCGAGGGCCUGAUCCGGCCCACGGGCCGCAUGUUUGACAUCCCUGGAUUAGAGGGCAGUGGAAGCGAUUCAGAUAGGGAAGAUGCUUUGAGAGGCGGGUGGGACCUGAUAUUCAGCUGGGAAUGACUAAAACAGUAAAUAAACACAAGAUAUAUAUUUACUCUAUUAGCCACAACACAACCAGGCUUAUAUUUAAUAUGCCACAAAUUAAUCAGCAUAACAAACACGUCCCCCCUCCCGUCCAUAUAACCCCUCCAAUCCAACUCAAACACCCGCACAACACACUCAAUCCCACAGUCCAAAGUACCGUUCACCUCCGUAAAGUUCAUACAGCACAUAUAUUUCCCCAAAGUUACGUACGUGACAUGCACAUAGCGGCACGCACGUACGGGAAAGCGAUCAAAUGUUUGGAAGCCAAAGCUGCGUACUCACGGUAGCGUGUCUGCUAUCCAAGUCAAAGUCCUCCUGGUUGUGUUGCUGCAGCCAGCCGCUAAUACACCGAUCCCACCUACAGCUUUCUUCUUUGCUGUCUUCAUUGUUCAUUAAACAAAUUGCAAAAGAUUCACCAACACAGAUGUCCAGAAUACUGUGGAAUUUUGCGAUGAAAACAGACGACUUAAUAGCUGGCCACAAUGGUGUCCCAAUAUGUCCGCACAAUCCGUGACGUCAUCAUACCGAGACAUUUUCAGCAGGAUAUUUUGCGGGAAAUUUAAAAUUGCACUUUACUGAUCUAACCCGGCCGUAUUGGCAUGUGUUGCAAUGUUAAGAUUUCAUCAUUGAUAUAUAAACUAUCAGACUGCGUGGUCGGUAGUAGUGGCUUUCAGUAGGCCUUUAAUCAGUGUUCUUGCAGUGGGUCCUAAAAAACAACCAAGCAUCCCGGUUGUUUGCUCGGUGGCAGUAAUGCGUCCAUCAGUAGUUUAACAAACUAGCCGGGCACAACUCUGCAGUUAUUGAAGUAUUGUCAAAAUAGCAAAAUUGUCCCUGGCAAGAGACUUAGUGUGCAGCCAUUUUUACUCUCUUAUGCGAUUGCAUUUAGAAACAUAUGUUUAAUGUAUCAGAAAAUCUUCUGGUAAAGUUAAGCCAAUUACGGAUUUGUUGGGUAACAUUUGGUACAUUUUGGUACCAAUGCCAAAAUAUUGGUAUACUUACGUUCAACAGCUUGCGGGAGGAGCGAUCACAUUUGUUAAUUGACUGAUUAGCAAACCAAAGAUGUGCGAUGUCUCGCUCGUACGCUCAUUUCUGCCGUAAAAUCUUGACUGCUGAUGAAAUAUUUUAGUUACGUGUCCUGUUGCUGAGCUCCAGUACUACAAUUUGAGAUUGUGUGUACAAGUAAUAAUACUGCAACAUCUAUAGUGUGCGUGUGAAAGUGAACACAAUGUGAAUAAACACUUGAUUAGGAUUUUGGAGGCUUUACUAAUGUUGUUUUGUUUA